GUUAAUCGUAACUUCCGUUUUACGUACUUCCGGUUAGAUUAUUUCAUCCAUGCUCCUUAAACGUUGAAUUUCAACGCGAAAGGCGGACUGAAGAAAAAGACGCGAAUAAACCACAGCUAUAAUGUUUAAACUGGAAGGACUCGGGCCUAAACUGGAUCCAGAGGAGAUGAAGAAGAAAAUGCGACAAGAUGUCGUCUCAUCUUUACGGAACUUUCUUAUUUACGUCGCCCUUCUCAGAGCCACCCCAUAUGUGUUAAAAAAGCUGGACAGCAUAUGAGUGGAGCAGCAGGUCUCUUCUUCCACCAUGCACUGGGAGUUUACUCAAUCAGAGACAGUAUGGGCCAUCAUCAGCAGACAACCUGGGCCAUUACAGCAAGUCAUGUUGGAGACGACCAGAGUCUGUCCAUCACUGCACCUGAAGAAACCCCUUGUUCCCAUUUCUCAUGUCUUGUUCCUUGUUAUAAACUUUAGUCUGCCUUUAUUGUUAAACACGUUGUGAUCAUUGUUAAAUGCAAGGUUUGAUAGUGUAUGCCUGCCGUGUUCACACAUUAAAGGGGAAAACGUGUAUAUUUUACAGAUCUGCUCAGUCAUGUACACAUGUUAUGGAAACUGUCAAACUACAUUACAAAUGUACACUGCAAGAACAUUUUCAUGAAUGAGUUUUGAACCUGAAAUCACUGGAACUAUAAAAGACUACGAUUAACAACAAA